UUUCUUUCUCUUUUGUUGCCACCUUUCAUAACCCAAAAGCUUGCAGACACCUAAACACUUCAUGGCUACAAGUGUAAAGCCAUUCACAUAAUAGAAACAAACUACGAAAAUUCGAGGAAGCUGCAUGGCCACAAAAAUUUACUUCACUCAAUUACCUCAUCUCCUUUCAAGAACGAACCUCGUGCAAAACCCGUAAAUAUACAUGUGUAUAUAUACAUAGAUACGUAUAUAUAUAUAUAUAAGCACAGCCUAUAGAGAGUAGUUAGUACCCCCAAACUCCACCUUCAAGAGAUCAGUUAAACAGAAAAGUAUGAACUACCAGGAGUUUACAGACGUUGAAAAUGGAGAAGAUGAGUCAAAGAACAAGAGUUUGGGGAAGGAAACAACGUCGUGGAAUGGAAUUAGAACGGCGCAGAACAUGUCGUCUUCAAUGGUGAGGAAGAAGUCGGAACCGAUGCUGGUUUCAAACGUUAGGUUUCAGAUACUCAGACAGUUUCUUGCGAAUCUGAAAGAAGUAAUUCUGGGCACCAAGCUUGCUGUUCUCUUCCCUGCUGUACCUUUAGCUAUUGUCGCCGAUGUUUACAAGUUUGGAAGGCCUUGGAUAUUUGCCUUGAGCUUAAUUGGGCUCACUCCACUAGCUGAAAGAGUCAGCUUCUUGACCGAACAAAUUGCAUAUUAUACAGGUCCAACAGUUGGAGGACUUUUAAAUGCAACAUGUGGGAAUGCAACAGAGCUGAUAAUAUCAUUAUUUGCUCUAUACCAAAACAAAAUAUAUGUUCUUAAAUACUCCCUCUUGGGUUCCAUUAUUUCCAAUCUCCUUCUUGUUCUUGGCACUUCUCUUCUCUGCGGAGGCUUAGCCAACCUCAAAAAGCAACAAACAUACGACAGAAAACAGGCAGACGUGAACUCGUUGCUGCUAUUGCUGGGAUUGUUAUGCCAUAUGCUGCCAUUGAUGUUUAAAUAUGCAGUUGGAGGAGGAGAAAGUAGUUUUAGUGCUGAGUCUAGACUCAACCUGUCAAGAGCCAGCAGCAUUGUUAUGCUUCUCGCGUAUCUUGCUUAUAUAUUUUUCCAGCUUAAAACUCACAGACAAUUCUUUGAAUCUCAACAGGAAGAUGAAGAUGAAGAGAAGCCAGUAAUUGGAUUUUGGAGUGCAUUUACCUGGUUGGUUGGCAUGACAGUCAUCAUAGCUAUGUUAUCCGAGUAUGUUGUCGGCACGAUUGAGGCUGCAUCGGAAUCAUGGGGUAUUUCUGUAAGCUUCAUCAGCAUUAUAUUGCUGCCAAUUGUGGGCAAUGCUGCAGAACAUGCUGGAUCCAUCAUUUUUGCUUUCAAGAACAAGCUGGACAUUUCUCUGGGCGUUGCUUUAGGUUCUGGAACUCAAAUCUCAAUGUUUGUGGUUCCUUUAUGUGUGAUUGUUGCCUGGAUAAUGAGAAUCCAGAUGGAUCUUGAUUUCAAUCUUCUCGAAACUGGUUGUCUUGCCUUCGCCAUACUGGUGACAGCCUUCACUUUGCAGGAUGGAACUUCACAUUACAUGAAAGGAGUGAUUCUUUUCCUCUGCUACGUUGUUAUUGGUGCUUGCUUUUUUGUUCACAAAGUUCCUGCGAAUCAAUUUCCCACCAAUUUGGGAGCUAAACCAUCGAUUUUCGGAGUUUUGUUCAUGUAAUCGGGGAUCGAUCUUGACGGCCUGGCCGGAGUCAAGCAGAAAACCUGAAAUUUCAUUUGCAUUCUGAGAUCAGACAGAGUGGAUGCUGUGGAGAGAAUUCAGCAUCGAUCUUGUCUCUUUUUUUUUUUUUUUUUUUUGGAAUUUAAUGGAGGAAGAAAAAGAAAAUUGAGAGAAGAACCAAAAGAGAAGAUUCAACAACUUCUCAUUGAAAAAUGAAUGUAUAUCUUGCAAUAAAAAAAAAA